AUGGCGCCUGUAGCGUUUGCGUUUGUUGUUCGCUUCAGCACUGAGGAUGCGAUAUUUAAAGCUGAAAAUUUAUGCAAAGGAAAGACAGAUGCCACGAGCGCUUGGAAAUGCGCAAGAGAAGACACGAAUUGUGGUCGCAUGGAAGCUGAAUUCCAGCUCGAAAAGGCAUCUUACAUCAGCCACAUCGACAUUGGCAACUGUGGUUCUGCCUUUAUUGAAAUUUUGGUUGGAAACUCAAUGUGGCCUCAAGAUAAGCCUUUUUUAACUUUAUUACCUUCUGCCAUGCUGAUGACUCCUGCUGAGUGUAAACAAUGGACAAAGACACACGCUGUUAGAAUGCUUAACCCCAAUUCCUUUUCAAAGCAAGCCUUAGGAAGUCAGUGGGAUCGUAUAAGAGUUACUUGCCGACAACCUUUCAGAUCUGACAAGCAAUUUGGGUUGUCAUUCAUAAAGGUAACCUCAGUAGAGGGUGAACCCCCAUCAUCCACUCCUGGUGGUUUGUCUGGUAAAACAGCUACCUUCGGGAAACCUUCACACAAUACAGAUGAUGAUGAUGGUAUAAUGAGGUUAAAGAAGGCAUCAGGCCUCAUGGGUUGUCUUAGGAGUUUAGAAAAAGGAAGCCCUGUGAGUCCACUUAACAGGGCAGGAAAAAUGUUACAGGCUGCUCUUGACAACAGAUCUCCCACAACUCCAAGGAUCAAACCUGGGGACAAAAGGUCACUGUGUGAGUUAUCACCAGAAUUUGCAUCCAGUCCUGAAAGUCCUUACAGUCAAAGAAACUGGCGCAGUGAUGUAACAAAUUUAAAGACAAAAAAGCAAGAGAGGACAUGGAGCCUUGCUGGGGAUAUUCGUGAUGAAGUGGAGUUAUUUCUUGAAGAUAUUGACUUCACAAAACUUGAUCUUGACAGUGUUUCAUUUAAAGACUUGAAGAGCCAAAUGGAGGCACAGAGGGGUUGUUCUCUAACCAGCCUAGAGAAAAAGAUUUUUCUUCAGAUGAUAAAGGCUACUAUUGAGAAACUACAACCAACUUCCUAUGACAGCGACAGUGAUCUAGAGGACGUUCUGGAAUUGUCCACAAACAAUAAUACAGGUCCAAAUCUUCAAAUCGGCAAACAGCUCAGUGAAGAACAGAGGAAGUCCAAGGAAAGUCUUUACAGUACUGCAAAAUCUACUUCAGAAGAGAAAUCACCCGCAACUAAAAACCAAAGUCAGUCUCCAGAUUUGAUAUCAGCUGUAUCUGUAUCUGAACACAAAAGCCAUAGAAGUAAGAAGCAGCUAAUUCUUCCUGAUGACAUAUUUGAGGUGGACAUCCCAUCAUCUUCUUCAAGGUUUCUUGAGGAUGACACAGAAGAACUCCCAUCAAUGUUAGAUUCUUCUGCUGAUAAGCCACCAAAACAAGAGCUUUUCCACUGUGGUGACUAUGGAUUGUUGCCAUCAUCUGCUAAGAAGACAUCAUCAGAAUCUCUGGUGGAAUGCCCGAUCUGUAGCAUGUUCUUUCCAUCAACAAGGAUUGAAAUUCAUGCAGCUUUGUGCAAUAAUGAAACAGGUGUUCCUCAAAAUAAUGCUACCCUUGAAGAUGACCGUAUUCCAUGUCCAAUAUGUUCCAAAUUUUUUCCUCUGGCUCAGAUUGAACAACAUGCUGAUGUUUGUGUAGAGACAAACAGUUGCAAUCAUGGUAGCAAACACAUGGGGAGAGAAGUAGUUUCUAGCUUGAACUAGGUCAGGGGAUUUAUUAAAAGGUAAAAAAUGAAUAAUUAAAUUUAUUUUUAUUACGAUAUAAAUUUGUAUGCACAUGAGAUAUCAUUAAUAUUCAUUUCACAGUUGAUUAAAAAAAUGUCUUUCAAAGAUAACGGUCAAUUUACUUUGUUUUUAAAAUACUCUGUUUGAGAUUGAUCUAAACAGGUGAUCUUUGAAACCUGUACAUAUCAGGAGAAAAGUUAAUUUUGUUCCAUGAUACUGUUGUGUUGUGUUGUGUUUAGUAUAACAGCAUAAUAAGUUUGCACUCAAUGAAGUCAGUCAUUUAAAUUAAGCAGUUCAUUUUGCCUUCCUUGGAAAUGUGACUUGAAAUGAAAG